AUGCCAAAAACUUCGAAUGGGAUCUAUCCUAUAGCAGCUUCUCGAAGAAGUCAACAGGAAGCGCUAUGUCGUUAUGCCACCAGGGUAUUCGACAUAACAUUCAUGAUUGUAUCAUGUAUGCAUUAUUUUAUGGCAUUAUUAUCAUCAGUUGUAGCUGGUCGUUAG